UUACUGCGUGCAUGUCAGUUGAACGGCGACGCCGCACUAGACGUACCUGGCAGCACGCUUCCCCGACUUUCGGCGUCGCGAUCGUCUUGUGCCUCAGAAGGAUAAAGGCUUUCGCGAAAGGGUUUAAACGUGAGUUUGCGCUUGGACUAGUCGACAAACAAGAAGGAGAGGAAGCAUAGAGUAAAUUCCGAAGAGAAUUGAGUCGAGCCUCAGUCGAGAAGGAGCAUCGUUAUUGUAAAGUUACUUUCGAAGUGUCACGAGCGGUUGAAGUUUACGAACGUUUCACGAGACCAACGGAUACUCAUGGAUUUAACGUAACGAGCGCAAACACGGAAAAAACCUAUAAAAGACUUGGAGGAGAAUUAGAGGUUGAAGAUAAGUAAAAGAUAAACAUUGGUUCAACUUAAAUUUCGUUAGUUGGAUCUUCUGUCGUGUGACUUCAGAAGUGACGCUCAGAUCGUUAUUAACUUCUCAAUAGUAAUAAAGCUUCGGGUAAUAAGGAAGAGACUUCCUUUGCUUUUCCGCUAACUCGCACCUUGGGGCUUUAACCGCAAGCUCAGAGAGAGGGAGAGAGAGAGAGAGAGAGAGAGAGAGAGAGAGAGAAGAGGAUACAAGAGAGGGAGAGAAUUUCACCGCAGCUCGUCGAAGACGCUCCGAACUUUCGAGCAGGAAGCUUCAGGUCGUGGCAACGACGCUCGGCGAAAUUGUUUGCACGGAGUUUUCGCAUCAGGCUAAGCCUUCAUUGGAGCGUCAGCCUCAGGGUGGGGGACUGUUUGGUGUGUUGGAAGAAGAAGACGUUAAAUAAUAAAAACGCUUAAAGUGACCGAGUGUCGGGAACAGAGAAGUCGACUAUCGCGUGAAGACUAGGAUGACAUCAGCGACGAUGAUCUCGACGAGAGUUUUCCUGCCUGUCACCCUCGUGGCUCUUGUACUUUGCAUCGGGGUUACACAGGCUGUCAGGUGCUACAAAUGUGGACAGUACAACGAUGGGGUUGGCAGUAUCACCCCCUGCAUCAAUCACACAGCUCAAAUGCAUCUGAAGGAGUGUCCUUCUUCUUCCGAAUGGUGUAUCAAAUACGUCAGUGAGGGUUCUACCGUGAGGGACUGCGUGACGACCUGCGUUGAGAAGGAGACCUGGAGCACGAGGAGCUAUUGCUGCAACGAAGACGGAUGCAACUCUGGACACUCUCUGACAUCGAGUUCGGCCACCAUCUGCAUCUUCGCAGCGGCUCUCAUCCUCCUUGGACACAGUCUUCGUGGCUAAUACGUCCAUCCUGACGAGUGAGGAUCAUCCCCGAUCAUCGAAUCCCAUCAUCAAGUUGAAGUCCUUCAGCGAGUAGUGCCACGAGGUUGAGUUCACACUAGACAUUUUAUCUCUGACCGAGAUAGGCCACGUUCAGACAUUCAACAAUCUAUAUAUAGCUACUUCCGGUAGGAAUUAAAAAAAAGGUAUCCCUUUGUCUAUCUCUGUUCCUCCUCUUCUCUGUCUAUUAUUCCACUCCUGGUCCAAACUUUUCGUUUGUGUUUGAUUUUACAUUUUUUUUUUUUUUUCAACUUUUCUCUACCUGGGCUAACUGUACGGGUAUCCGGGCGGAAACCGAUGGAACGAAUUAUCGGACGAACGAUUAUACGAGGGAGACACGCUGGAAGGAUUUUCGGACGGGCCUGUACCUACAACCUACCACGUAGGUAAAAUUGAAAUCAGAACAUUCGGCAGAGCUUUUUCGGAACGCGGAGAAAGCUCGUCCAGGCAGAAUUCAAUCUCGCGACAAGCGAACGGCUCGCCUGGGUUUAUUCCUUUUUUGAGGACCUUCUUCACUUUUUACUUGAAACUCUUUCGUUUUCUUUUUUCGAUUCCGCCAUUCCUUUGGACGCUGUUACGACCAAUGUCUGUAAAGUAGGUAGGUAGGGAGGUACCGUCCGUCUGGUAGAUUUUUAAAUAUCUUUCAUUUAUAUUCGGUUAACUACAAAAGGGCUGACGUAUCCUUAUCCUUGGUUGAAUCACGAUGCGUGAUCUUGUUCCUGGACCCGAGUCACUGCUUUAUGAGAAUGUGCAGGCGGCAGCAUCAGCAUCAUCACCAAUAUCGACACUUGCGGCAGUUUCAUAUCCUAUCUGUCUCUUGAACCGCCCGGGUCUAUUGAAUUUAUUCAGAAAGUUUAUAUCUCUUGUUUUUUAAAUGUAAAUUCCUCCUUUUUUUACUGCGGCUGGCUGCUAUAUUUAAAAAAAUGUCUUUACGUUAAAAAGGAUAUGGUAACGAAAAGUAAUCUAGGGUCGAUAAUACAUUGGCAAUUGGUGUUUAUCUGUAAAUAAAGUGAUCUCGGGUUUGGUUAGGAUCAAUCGAAUAAACUUUUGUUUCGUUUGGUGUAUUGGUAUAGUCGAUUUAUGCUAAAACGAAGAAGUUCUCUACUCUUUUAUAUACGGAGCUGUGAAAUGUUGGCACCCUUGAUAAGACACUCACUCUAUGGACGGACUGUACUUAUACGAUUUAAGUAUAGUUAUACGGUGUAGGAUUAUAGGUUCUUUGUCAUUUUCAAAAUUGUGUAUCUUUCGAAACGUACGAAUUCACAUGAAAACUUGGAUCGAUGCUUUCAGGGAUUUAUGGAAUUUAAUACAAUACUCUGUUUUAGUAAUUUGUCCAGUUACUUUAAACGUGACUUAUGCGUCUCGUAGAUAUACAAUUUGAAAAAUAGAGAAAGGCACAUAUAACAAAACGAACUGCAAAAAAAGGACAAAAAAUAUAUCACGAAGUUACGUCACAAGCAUGAGCGCAAAGAUACGAAUAUAAAAAGAAAAGUAUAUGCUUGAUAAUUUUCAAUGUCAUUCCAAUAUUUUUGAAUGAUAAAAAAACCAAAUAAAAUUCAAAAGGACAUAAUUAAACACACGUAAUAUCCUCAGGCGAAUUUUUGCAGCUUGAAACGAAAAGACAUUCGACGUUCCACAAUCGGGACCGAUUCGUUUACUUUAUUUUUACUCCCUCUCCUCUUUCACUGUCUGACUACCGUCUUCAUCUGCGUAAAAGUUACACUUAUUACACUUAUUUUACUAUAUUAUACACUUUUUCAACUUUCGGCACGAUAUCUUGAGUUCCUAUAUUUUUUUUAAAUUUUCACAAAUAAAAGUCAUCCUGGUCAUA